AUGGAGACUUGUGAUGAAGAAAACCUCGAUGUAGCCAUCUCCUCCCCUUCUGAUGCAGAGUUUGAUGCAGUUGUUGGGUAUCUGGAGGACAUUAUAAUGGAUGAUGAUUUCCAGUCGAUACAGAGGACGUUUAUGGAAAAGCACUACCAGGAGUUUGAUGACUCAGAAGAAAACAAGCUCGUCUAUACUUCUAUUUUUAAUGAAUACAUAUCUUUAGUCGAGAAAUACAUUGAAGAAAAAUUGGUCGAUCGGAUUGCUGGUUUUAACAUGACUGCUUUCACAAUGUCAUUGCAGCAGCACAAAGAUGAAAUGGCAGGUGACAUAUUUGAUAUGCUUCUCACAUUUACUGACUUUCUGGCUUUCAAAGAAAUGUUCUUGGAUUACAGAGCUGAAAAAGAAGGUCGAAAUCUGGAUUUAAGCAGUGGACUGGUGGUGACUUCAUUAAACAAAUCAUCAGUAUCCUCCUCCUAG